AUGUUAAAAUUUUCAAUUUGCAAUCUUAAUCAAUGGGUUUUGGAUUUCAAAGGCAAUACUGAACGUAUUUUAAAAAGUAUUCGUGCUGCGAAAGCUUCUGGUGCUAAAUAUCGCCUUGGUCCAGAACUUGACAUUACAAGUUACGGGUGUGAAGAUCAUUUCUAUGAAAUUGAUACUUAUUUACAUUCUUGGGAAUGUGUUAGCAGAAUUCUUGAAGCUACGGCUAAUGAUCCAUCCUGCCGCGAUAUUGUAUGUGAUAUAGGAGCUCCUGUGAUGUUUAAACUGACUCAAAAGUCCCCAAUGCAACGAUAUAACUGUCGAAUAAUCUUACUAAAUGGUCGAAUUCUAUUGAUUCGUCCGAAAAUCAUUCUGGCUGAUAGUGGUCUUCAUAGGGAAUCAAGAUGGUUUUUCCCUUGGGAUAGCUGCUGGCAACUGGAAACUUAUCACCUUCCAAAAAUUGUUUCUGAUGUUUGUGGCCAGAAAACAGCACCAUUUGGUUGCACAAUACUCAAAUUCGCCUGCAAAACAAUUGUUGGUCUUGAAACGUGUGAAGAAUUGUGGAUAGUUGAAGAUGGCUUCUCUCGUCCGCAUUUAAUAUACUCACAAUCAGGUGCUAAUAUAGUUUUCAACGCAUCUGCUUCUCAUCAUGAGCUGCGUAAACUCAAUCGCCGCUUGGAACUGAUUAGUGGCGCUUCAAAACACGGAAAUAAUAUCUACGCCUAUUCGAAUUUGCUGGGUUGUGAUGGCGGUCGUACUUGUUUUGAUGGUGGAGCUAUUGUAGCAGAUCGAGGUGAAAUAAUAACUCUUGGGGAACGAUUCUUCCUUUCUGACGUGCAUAUAAAUACUGUUUGUGUAAAGAUAACGUCCUGUAUGAAGCAAAUAAUAAAACCUGAAACGUGUAUUGAUGUUGAUUUUCCCCUCCUGGAUGAAACAGCAACUCCAGUGCCCCGUAUCUGGUUCCCCCAACACCUGGUGGAGGAAGAAAUUGCCAAUGCUCCAGCAAUGUGGUUGUGGGACAAUCUCCGGAGAUCUGGAGCUGGCGGAUUUUUCCUCUGCCUCUCGGGUGGACUUGACAGCUCCUCUGUGGCCUGCCUGGUCUUUCAUAUGUGCAGACGUAUCUAUGAAGAAAUUAACCGAGGAAAUAACGGUGAUGGGAAUUCAGAUGUUCUGAGGGAGCUGAGACGUGUGACCGGUGAAAGCGACAGCUACACUCCUCGAAGUCCUCGCCACAUUUGUUCUCGUUUGCUUACAACCUGCUUCCUCUCCGCUGAGGGAAUAACCAGUUCCACUUCUCGCACAAGGGCUGCUAGGUUGGCAAAAGCCAUUGCCUGCAAACAUAUCGAGGUAAGAAUUUACUAUUGA